AGCGAAUAAUGAAUCAUCAAAAUCCCGAUUCCUCCGCAUCUGUCCAUUUAUUUCAAAAAACAAGGGAAAAGAGAAAAAUAGCAUCAGCCCGUUCACCGUUGGGAGGGAAAUUAUUUUCCACUCUUGCUGCCGAAAAUUCAAAAAAUUCAAAAUUCCCCUCCCAGUCUUAGAUAUCCUCUUAAAAUGUUAUUAAAACCCUAAUUCUUCCCUCUUUCGCUCCUACCACCUAGCUCACUGUUGCUACUUUCAGGCACGGAUUCUGAAGUUACAGAGCUGAUAAAUUUCAAAUUUCGAAGUUCAGGUUUGUGACUUUGUGUACCUGGGCCUUUUAAGCAAAGAGGAUGAAAAUGAGCUUUGACAAUUAGCUUUCGCUUCUAUAUUUCAGUCUUGUGCUCUAAAAGUUGGAAGCUUUUAGAACUAUAUUUGAGUCUUGGAAGCUUUUAGAACUUCAGGAAUUAGGGAAUACCUCAAUAUAUCAUCUUAUAAAUUCAAUUUUAGCUCAAACAAGAAAUUGUGGUAUCAUCAUUGUCUUACCCUAGGUAAAUAUGCAAACUAGGAGAAGGGUUGAUGGAAGUGCUCGAGAUAUUCCGAGUCCAAGGGUUUCGAGACAGCAGAAGAAAUUAUCUGAGAACAUCCAAAAUCAGGCAAAAAAAGUUUCAGAUCUAAUCACAUCCUCAGCAAGGAAGCAGAAACCAGGCAACACAUUUUCUAAGAAGGCGGAGAAGCCUGUUACUGGUACAAAUUUGGAUUCAAGACUUGGAUUGCUGGGUAAAGAUGCUACCAACACUUGCUGGAGUCAAGGUGUUAGUUAUGGAAUUAUCUGUACUUCUAUUGAAAAUAAGGAAUAUGAAAAUGAAACUGCUAAUAGUCAAACCGAUGCUAUUUUUUCUCCUGCCUUUCGUAUCACCAGAAGUAUUGCAGGAGAAGUUUCAAGCAAAGUGGAUUUGGUUAUGCCCUUACAACAUGGACAUCUUCCUCUUGAUGACCGCGAUAAAGAGAACAUGGAGACCGACACACUGAAUGGUCACAUGCAAAACAUUUCAGCAAAUAUAGGGAGCAAUAACCCCACACCUGAGGUUUUGUCCAUGUGCCAGCCUUUAAAAACUUCAAGGUUAGAAUGUACUGAUGAGUAUAAUCAAGAGCAAGUGCAAACUGAAAUCAGCAUGGAGGAAACAGAAUGUCAAGAAUUUGAUGACUUCAAUCCGUAUUUUUUCAUCAAGAAUUUGCCAGAUCUGUCAUCUGUUGUUCCAACAUUCAGGCCACUUCUCUUGCCUAAACAAACCCGGAGUUGCCCUUCCUUCACUCUUGCCUUGGACUUGGAUGAGACUUUGGUGCACUCUACAGUGGAACCUUGUAAAGAUGCUGAUUUCACAUUCUCAGUGAAUUUCAACAUGAAGGAACACACAGUAUACGUACGAUGUCGUCCUCACCUCAGAUACUUCUUGGAGAAAGUGUCUGACCUUUUUGAGAUCAUCAUAUUUACUGCCAGCCAAAGCAUUUAUGCGGAGCAGGUUUUGAAUGUGUUAGAUCCAAAGCGAAAGUUUUUUCGUCAUCGUGUUUUCCGCGACUCUUGUGUGUUUGUUGAUGGAAAUUAUCUUAAAGAUCUAUCUAUUCUUGGCCGUGAUUUAGCACAUGUCAUUAUUGUGGACAACUCUCCUCAGGCAUUUGGAUUUCAAGUGGACAACGGUAUACCGAUCGAGAGUUGGUUUGAUGAUCCUUGUGACCAAGAAUUGCUUGCACUGCUCCCAUUUUUGGAGAGUUUAGUAGGAGUUGAGGAUGUUAGGCCAGUCAUUGCAAAGAAAUUCAACCUUAAAGGGAAAAUAGAAGCAGCUGUUUGUCAUUACUCAUCCUCUUUCAAUGCAAUUUCGUUUGGUAGAUAGAUUAAGUUGCCAUCUUGACCUGCUUGUCUUUGUAUUAUCAUUGUCAGUGACAUUUCCAGGUCAUGACUGUUGGUUUGUUAUACCCUUUAUUUAACUUUGUAAGUUGAUAUCAACCAUAAUCCAUUCCGCUAAUAAAUGACUUGAUCAAAA